AGGACACUUCCGGCCGCACGAGACCUUCCGGGGCGGAGGUCACCAUGGCGGCGUCCUUGGCUCGGCUCGGCCUACGGUCUGUGAAGCAGGUUCGGGUUCAAUUCUGCCCCUUCGAGAAGAAUGUGGAGUCAACGAGGACCUUCCUCCAAGCGGUGAGCAGCGAGAAGGUCCGUUCCACCAACCUCAAUUGCUCGGUGAUUGCGGACGUGAGGCACGACGGCUCCGAGCCCUGCGUGGACGUACUGUUCGGAGACGGGCAUCGCCUGAUUAUGCGUGGCGCUCACCUCACCGCCCAGGAAAUGCUCAUAGCCUUUGCCUCGCACAUCCAGGCCAGGGCUACUGCGGGGAGCGGGGACAAGCCCGGCGCUGGUAGCGGGCGCUGACAGCGCAGAAGAGCCUAACAAGCAGAUUUUAGCUUGGGAUUGCUAGGAUACCUACCUGAGAAGAGCUUGAGAGACUUCAUCACUCGAAUCACCAUCUGGGGGGACACGGAGCGCCAAAAAAAAAAAAAAGAGAGAGGGCCCUCUGAUUACUGAUGCAACCAAUGUUUCUGGAAGGAGACACGAUCAGAUAGAGGUCUGGACAAACUUGAGUUUAUUUUACUUUCUUACCAUCGUCUUGUGCUUAACCCUUUUGAAUUUGGCUUCUCCCAUCACUCACUCAAGGUACUUCUAAUUCGUAUCAGGCAAAUCCAGUGCUGUUUUUCUCGGUCCUCGUCUUUCCAUCUCAGUAGCAUCUGCCACUUUUAAUUCACUCCCUUGUGGAACUUGUUUUCCUUUGGGUCUUUUUCCUUUUAAUCAUAAAAGUGUAGUACUCUCACCCUUCAUUUUCUUCUCUUUUUCUGGGUUAUUUUAUUCUCUGUCAUAACUUGAACUACCCUCUCAGGUUAAACCCUACAUUUUUGUUUGGCUCUAAUCUCAACUGCUGUGCUAUAGUCAGGUUACAUACUACCGAUUUCCUCCAAAUUCCACACCACUCGUUGUCCAAAAUAGAAUUGACAAUCUUACAUACAUAUAUACUUGCCUCUUCCCCUAAAUUUCCCAUUCCUUUUAAAGGCACUUCAUCUUCUCUGCCACUGGGGCUGGAAACCGCAGCGUUAUCUCUGGUUCUGCCUUCUCCCUUUCCUUGUCUAUCCAGUCAGUAAGUUCAGAAUAUUCUGUCUGAAACAGAAGCUUCUGAAAUGUUUUCUCCAUUCCCAUUCACUUAACUGUAUCAUUGUAUUCUCCCACCCAGUCUCCUUUUUUCUGAUCAUUUUUGCUGCUGCUUAACUUUAUCUUUCAAAGUACAUCACUGUUUUUAUGUCCUGUUA